AUCCGUAAGCGAAGCCCGAGGACCAUCAACCGGGAUGAGGGAGCAUACAUGCUCUCCCAUACCUGGAGUGCCAUCUUGCAGGGGACGAACAGACAGUAGAAGGCGUGACCGACCUGUCAAACCAGACAGGAAGAUCACGCCUUCAGAAACAUCAGCUGCUGAUAAGAUGCGUCACCAACAACAUCCGGUGACACUCUGAGGAAGACGACAGUUACGUACGUCGAAACAUGUCAGGUGACUCAAAUACGGACCGCCUGACCAGACAGCGGGAUUAGAUGCCUCUGCUACAGCAUGACGUCCUCUUGAAAUGGUGUUCACAAGGGCAAUGAGUCAUACAGCAGAGGGAAAAGGAAGGAGGAAGCAGUCAGUGGAACCCUGCUGCGUGAGAGAAACUGAUGAAAAUGGUGAAGGAGUGGUCACAUCCCAGACAUGCAGCUCAUCCCUGUAAGUGCGUCGCAUAUGAACGGGCUCUGUGGACUCUCGUUCCAUCAGGACAGUAGCAGAGUUAAGUCUUGGCAGUCAUGGCUAAAAGAGACUAUCUGGUGGAUGCGGCCAAGCAGAUCCGCAUGGCGCUGGACAGGGAAGUCAACGAGGACUACGAAGCUGCAUUUAGCUACUAUAAGAAUGGCGUGGACCUGCUGCUGAACGGAGUUCAAGUGGAUCCAAAUAAAGAGAGGCGUGAGGCUGUGAAGCGGAAAACCACUCAGUAUCUGAAGAGAGCCGAGGAGAUCUUUAACUCUCAUCUGCAGUACAACUUCAGCAAAGACACCACACAGUUAGGGGGUUACAGCAGCCUAAGAUUCAGAUCGAUCAGACAUCUGAGCUCACCCGUGGAGGACCUGGAGAUGUGUAAAGUGGUGGGGAUUAUCGAUAAGGUCCUGACUGUCCAAAACCUGAUUAGCAAGGAGAUAUUUGUGAUUAAGAGCCUGCCUAAGUCCAGCUGGGAGAAUCGAGAGCGUUCCACCAUCAUCCCUCAGGGUGUCCCAUUCAUGGUAAAGUUACUGAGAUACUACGUCAGCGAGGACUCAGUGUUCCUACAUCUAGAACAUGUUCAAGGUGGAAAGCUCUUCCCCAAACUGCACUGGAUCAGAAGUGAGGUAGCCAGAGAACAUCCAGACUGCUCCACCCCCAACCAACACAAGUUCCAGCUAAAGAACAGCUACACCUCACCUGCUCUCACCCAGUUGUACCACCUGAACAGAGAGCACCAGCAGGAAACAUCCAUAUUUCCUGAGAGAGUGAAUUUGGAAAGCUUAGAAACAGACACACCGUCUUUCUGGAACGAGACUGAGCAUCAGCUCGACAGCUACGGCACAUACUCUUACUGUGAGGAAACAGGAAGCCUGCAGCAUUCCCAGUCAGGAAAAGCUGAAUUCCAGCAAGAGCAGUCCUCUAACCCUUAUGCAAUAAGGACAGAUUCCUUUUCCGGUGUUCGUCCUAGUGGCCAGCAAGGUUGUCUUACAUCUCAGGAAAGAUUUCCACUUCCUGUUCAUCCCUGUGUGAUUGUGGAUACUCGGGAUCCACUCAGUGUCACGACCGAUCUUUUAGGAAAUGACGUACUUAUCGAGCGGAUAGACUCCAGCUUAGAUUUUGAUAAAGUAUGGACCGCUGCACCAGCUCAGGAACCGGGUUUAAAUCAAGGCGUUCUUGGAAUCAGUAGUGCACCUCAGAUCACACUGAGCUCUUUAUUUGAUGCCACACAGCCAACCCUGUGUAGCACAGUCAACGUCCUUCCACAGAAAGUUCGUAUCGUUCCCAACACCCUGCCUUUACCCUCACAGAACCAAAAACAAGACGAUAUGACUCACAAAAAGACAUGUAAUUCUGAGACUUCCCAGUCCCACUAUAUGGCAAGCUUAAGCUCAGGAAAUUCCCAUCUAGACACCGAGGACUGCAAAGGAACGCGAUCUACUGUGGAACGCGAACCUCCGAGACCUUCCGCCUUAGACUUCAUGAAAACAGCUCCUCAGGUGAACAAUGACGUGGAGAGAGAGUCUGUGGAGGUUGGAGAGGAGAACUGGGAACUCCUUAGCCCACUGUGCUCAGAUAAAACACAGGAGCCGUUCUUCACUCCUCGCUCUCCUCAAGAGGAGCAGCUUAUAGAAGUCAACGGCUGGGGUCAGUUGCCUCGGUUGAGGGCGAGGAGCCGCAGUGUGAAGCAACAGCCUGGUCGAUGGGGUUUUCCUGAAGGAGAGGUGCGAAUGUGGGGAGCGCAGAUCCUGUUGGCUCUCGAGAGCCUUCAUGAGCAAGGCAUCGUGUGCCAGGAUCUCAACCCCAGGAACAUCCUGCUCAGCAGCAAUGGAAACGUGUGUCUGACUUACUUUGGACAGUGGACAGAGGUUCAGUCGGAAAUUAAUCCUCAGGCUAUGGAUGAAAUGUACUGUGCACCAGAGAUUGGAGGCGUAUCCAAAAUCACAGAGGCGUGUGACUGGUGGAGUCUGGGAGCUUUACUCUUUGAACUUCUCACUGGAAUGGCCCUGUGGCAGUGCCAUCCUACAGGUGUGCAUCCACACACACAGCUACGUAUUCCAGACCACCUGAGCAGCGCAGCCGCCUCGCUACUCACAGAGCUCCUUCAGUAUGAUGCUGGCUAUCGACUUGGCUCUGGCGGUGGAGGUGUGAGUGACAUCAAGUACCACCCCUUUUUUAACUCCGUUCCUUGGCACACACUGACCAGCUAAUGGAUACAGGGUGUGUUAGGAUUCCAACACCACUGGUUCAUGAGAAGUCAAAGAAAUGCCUUUACUGCCCCCUGGUGGUGUACGACACACAGUGCACGUGCAUCUCCAAACCAUCAGCUCAACACUGGGGGGUGGGGGAAUAAACAAACAACCAACCCAUCCAGUUUAAUUACUUCACUUCCUACGGUGUUAAAAUAGAACUCUGCCUUCAUCAGUCUUUGGUUAUGAAAAGAACCAAGUACGGGAUCUUAACAGCACAUUAUUCUAAGCAUAUACCUACAUCUCAGGCAUUCAAUUAUUGCUGCACCUCUGUAUGACAGAUGUACAAGUGAGUGAUAAGCAAUAUUACCAUUACAUCUGACCAUGUUUAACAAGCAUAUAAUGUAAAUCAGUCCAUUUUGCCUGUACAUAUUUUAAUAUUUUGGACAAAGUCAUGUCUUGUCGAAUAUUUGUGCCUCAAACGAUGAUCUACAUUGAGAAUUUUUAUGCUCUUGACAGGAGGUAACUACAUUUUUAACCAAAGCAAAACUAAUCAUUAAAAAAAAAAAAACCUGUCCAGGUGUCUUGUCCACCAUGUGUAAUUUUCCGAAGGAUUGUCCAGUUUGCAAUGAGACUGCUGUUCAGCCAAACUAACAAAACCAUGCGUGCCUAGAUCCGAGUGUGAAAACGAAGCAUUUAUUUCACAAGACCCCCCUGCUCAGUACGUGCCCAAACUAAUAGCACACCAACCACAUCCUGU